UCCCUCUGGAAGCAAUUUUGGUGGAAACGGUCCGGUGGACAUUAGCUCUGCAACCGAUGAAUACUUGAAAUACGUGGAGAUGAUGGAAGCCUUCUCCAGAGUGGAUGACUCACUAAAGCAAAGAAUCACGUCUUCGCUGAAGAAUCUAAUCUGGAGAUGCACCUUUCAAGGAACCAACUGUUUGCAGGACGGGUUUUUCCAGAAGAUAACGACGCCCCAAUACGGUGCUUGUUACAUGUUCAACACAGCCUGGAAUCCGAACGAUUCAAAUGGAGGACAAAGAAUAUCAGGCAAAACUGGAGAGGAAACAGGCUUGUCACUGGAAGUGUUUAUAGACCAGACGAACUACAUGAAGAACACGAUUUCAGCGAGUGCCGGAGCCCGUGUCACCAUUCAUUCCCCGGACCAAUUGCCGAAUCCUGUGGAACAGGGAUACUUCGUUCAACCCAACACUCACACUGUCUUUGGUUUACAAAUUGUGAACAUGUCCAGGUUGUCGAGUCCCUACGUCACCAACUGCAUUUCGAACUGGACUGAGACCGACUUCGAACCCCUUCCUUCUGGAUUUAAUCAAAAUAUCAGCAAUCAGAAUUUCAGCUUCGGGUACAGUCAAGUCCAAUGCGAAAGGCUGCGACUAACGGCCGAAAUCGCCGACAUCCAUCGCAGCAAUCCCCUGCCUUCUCCGUUUGAUUCCUAUGAAUCCCGCCCGAGGCCCCCUCCACUUUCCCUUAGACGAGGAGGUCGAUUCUGUCAGUUGAUUGAUCGAUCGAUUGAUUCUGGCCAGUUGAGUUCCUUGCAGCCUCGGUCGGCUUGA